GCUUAAUUCGCAGAUUUUCCGUUCUCUGCUCAACGUCGUCUUUUUGCGCGCCUACUUCAGCUAUAACCCCUGCUCAGUCUUCUCAUCCCACUUCGUCGAUUCAUUGCGAACCUCGUCACAGUCGUCAAGUUAAAAUGGAAAGACAAUUCCACACAGGAUCGGCGGAUGCACAUGUUCAGAUUAAGCCAAUCCGGUGGAACCAAAUUGGAUUUUUUAUUUUUCCCAUGCAGUGCAAGAAUAGAUAGAAGCCUAUUCCCUCUCUGGCCCAUCCCGAACCUUUAAUUUGAUUUGUAAGACGCAGCAGAGCGGCCCUGGUUCAUAUUCCCAUCCCCGAGUCCCAAACGCGUACCCCCCCCCCCCCCCCCCCCCCAACACAGCUUCCUCUUCCUGAGUGUUUGUCCAUUACCGACCGGGGUCACAUGACCGCACCAAAAGGCUUUGUCACACGCCGGAGUUGGGGCAACACGCGCAGGAAGCCGCGGUUUCGGAGCGCCACAAUAAGAGCUUCAAACGGGAGACCGGGCCCGCUCCGCCAAGGUCGGCGUGACUUGUAGCGGGGCUCGUUUGCGCAGGGACGCGCCCGUCCGUCCUUUGGCAGAAGGGGGGCGGCUCGGUCGGGGCCACCGGCAGCGAGCGGCUCUCCGCGCGAUUGUGAAAGGGCCGGCGGGAAGUGGGCCGGACGUGGCGCCUCAACUUGACCCCGGGCUCCACGGCGCCCCGGACCGGCAUGCGUUUGGGACCUGCGAGUGGAAAAAAGAGGGGGGGAUGAACAACACGCCGCCAGGAUUACGGUUGCUCAGGCCUCCGACGGUGAUCGGCCAGUUCCACACCUUGUUCUUCGGCUCGGUGCGGAUGUUCUUCCUGGGAGUUCUGGGCUUCGCCGUGUACGGAAAUGAAGCACUGCACUUCAGCUGUGACCCGGAUCGCAGGGAACUCAACCUCUACUGCUACAACCAGUUCAGACCCAUAACGCCGCAGGUGUUCUGGGCUUUGCAGCUGGUCACGGUGUUGGUUCCGGGCGCCGUGUUCCACCUCUACGCCGCCUGCAAGAACAUCGACCAGGAGGAGAUCCUGGAGCGACCCGUCUACACCGUCUUCUACAUCAUCUCCGUUCUCUUGCGCAUCAUUUUGGAGGUCAUCGCCUUCUGGCUUCAGAGUCAUCUCUUUGGCUUCCAGGUCCACCCGCUCUACAUGUGCGAUGCCAGUGCGUUGGAGAAGACCUUCAACGUGACCAAGUGCAUGGUGCCUGAACACUUUGAGAAAACCAUCUUCUUGAGCGCCAUGUACACCUUCACCGUCAUCACCAUCCUCCUGUGCGUGGCCGAGAUCUUUGAGAUCCUCUGCAGACGACUGGGCUAUCUCAACAACCACUGACACCAACCGCCGUCGUUUCUCUCGGGUCGGGCAAGUGAGAAGUAGUCCGUCUUUGCCCGAGGGAGCUCACCCCACGGGACAAGCGGGAGGACAAAAGGAACGCGUGGCGUACUUUGACGACGGGACGCCCGCUCAUCCCUCAAGAAGCUUCUUGGCUCCGGACCACAGGUACCUGUGUGUGUGUGCGUGCGUGCGAGCGGGUGGCCGUCUCCAGCCCAUCGCGACCUUUCCCACAUCGACAGAAAGACACUUGUAGAUAGGACCCAAAAAGGACUGUGAUGACUUUCAAGUAUUUCAAGUUUGACAGAAAGGCUUUGUGUACUUUCAGAUAGUUUUUGUCCCGAAUCGUUGUUUACGUUCAAAUCACAAUUGACCGGUCGUAUCUGUGGGAAAAGAUUCAGUUGAAGUGGAAUCGCGGACUCGUCUGAGCUUAUGUAUUCCAUUGAACAACAUUGAGUGUUUGCGACCCUUUGGCGCACAUUUACUUCUUGUCAAUGUCAACGCUUGACUUUUAUUUCCUUCAUCAGACAUCCAUCCAACUUUUGGUUGUGAAGGUUUCAUCUGUCUUUCAUCUCAGGUACAAACUCGCAUCAGCAGACAAAAGCGGCUCGAUCACUUUGUAUGCUCUCAAAGGCGCCGCUGUUGUUUCCUUGCGCAUGUAAGCGGAUGCUGGUAGGAUUUGCUUGCUGCUCAGCCAAACCGCCACAUUGUGACAUUGUUCAUUCACUCUGCGGCGCUCCAAACAAACUCGCAUUUAAAGCGGCACGCUUCGGGUUGAAACGAUCCCAAUCCGUGAUGAUGAGUCGCGGGUUCCCAAAUACCCUGACUCUAACCUGUCUGGCGCUAAGCUAGUCGCGAUUCUUUGCGGUCGUUUUGCGUGCGUGCGUGUGCGCGUGCCGCGCGCGCACGUUUGUGUCGCUGGCGGCUGCUAUACGUACAUCUUCAUUCUGGCUUCACCCACAUCAUCCCCUACUCGGGGCAUCGCUAGCCGCUCAUCAGCCGACACUCUACCGAGGAGAUGGCCUCGCGUCGCAUGAUCCAGUCACCCAAACGCGGCGACUACUACCUCAGCGACUGAGUCGAUACCAUCGAGGUGCUAACGCAACUGAUCCCUUUGACGUGCUCAACGGCGAAUAGCUUCAACUUGCUCAUGUAGCUGGCUGUUAGCCCAGCAGCUUCAAUAUGUUCCUAAUUUAUUUCAGUUCAUUGUGAAUCACCUAUAGACGUGUGGAAUGAGUGACUGAUUCAUACAUUUCAAAUAAAUCCGAAUUUUUCAUAUUGGA